CCCCUCUCUCUCUCUCUCUCUCUCUCUCUCUCUCUCUAGAGCGUCGCGAGCAAAAUUGGGAAGCUUCUGGCGAACCCUAGCAAAGCAUGAAGACGAUGAGGAGCACGAAGCCGCUGAAGCCCCUCCAGCUCGCCGUCCCCGCUCAGGACGCCCCGAUCGCCUCCUUCUUGACCGCGAGUGGCACGUUCCAUGAUGGUGAUCUGCUAUUAAACCUUAAAGGUUUGCGGCUCAAAUCUGAAGAAAAGGAGUCUUGUCCGUCCAAUGGUAAGGAACUUGAUCUUGACUUCUCAUUGGAAGACCUUGAGACUAUCAAAGUCAUAGGAAAGGGAAGUGGUGGUGUGGUACAACUUGUUCGCCAUAAAUGGGUUGGAAAACUAUUUGCUCUUAAGGUCAUCCAGAUGAAUAUUCAAGAAGAGAUCCGUAAACAGAUUGUACAAGAGCUAAAGAUAAAUCAAGCUUCUCAAUGUCCACAUGUUGUGAUUUGCUACCACUCGUUCUACCACAAUGGAGCUUUCUCCUUGGUUUUAGAGUACAUGGACCGUGGAUCCCUGGCUGACGUGAUCAGACAAGUCAAGACUAUCCUAGAACCGUAUUUAGCAGUGGUCUGUAAGCAGGUGUUACAAGGUCUUGUUUAUCUGCACAACGAAAGACAUGUGAUACACAGGGACAUAAAACCAUCCAAUCUGCUUGUGAACCACAGAGGUGAAGUGAAGAUUACAGAUUUUGGUGUCAGUGCAAUGCUGGCAAGCUCAAUGGGUCAACGAGAUACAUUUGUUGGAACUUACAAUUAUAUGUCGCCCGAGAGGAUCAGCGGGAGCACAUAUGACUAUAGCAGUGACAUCUGGAGUUUGGGUUUGGUAGUACUUGAAUGUGCAAUAGGACGCUUUCCUUACAUGCAAUCCGAAGAUCAGCAAGGCUGGCCAAGCUUUUAUGAGCUUUUGGAGGCAAUUGUUGAAAGCCCACCGCCUUCUGCUCCGCCAGAUCAGUUUUCUCCAGAGUUCUGCUCAUUUGUGUCUUCCUGCAUACAAAAGGACCCUCAACAAAGAUCUUCGUCUUUGGACCUUUUGAGUCAUCCUUUCAUCAAAAAGUUUGAAGAUAAAGACAUCGAUCUCGGGAUUCUUGUAGGUAGCUUGGAACCUCCCGUAAGUUUUCCGAGAUAAGAAGCCGUGGGUGUUUCUGGAGUAAAUGCCCUCUUACUCUUAUGUAUCCUUCGCGUGCGUGGUUGAGAAUUCGAACGGCGUGACUUCGCUCGAGCAGUUGAGCAAAUGAUGAUAGAAGUCUCUUACAUAUAGAAAGAGCAUGCCGAGGUUCUGUACUCAAAAUUCUGCCUUUUACUUAAUCCUGCCAGCAUAAGUAAGCUUACCCGGGACGUACUUGUUUUGGCUCCAUAUCCUUAAAGAGCUGAUUCCUGGCAAAAACAAGAGAAACAAGAAGACAGGCUUCUAUAAUCCAUGCUUAGCCUUUAUAAUC